GAAAAAAACGUGUUAAAACUCGAACUUUUUUUUUUCGCGCCAGUAAAAGUAUAAAAUUCUAGCAUUUUACCUAUUUAGCACCUAACCCAGCAAAGCAAGCAGCUUGGGCACCUUCGCGCAAAAAAAAAAAAAAAAGAAAGUGUUAUACCCCUGAAUUAGCAGAUAUUUGUUAGCCAAAUAAAAAACGGAAAGGAGACACAGAAAAAGAAACAGAAAAGAAAAGAGAAUAUGAAGGUCCUAAGCCUAAAUUUCCUGACCUGCGCCGUCAAGGCAUGCAAGAGCAGCUCGGACUCGUACCCGCUGCACCCCAAGGACGCCGAGCUGGUGCAGGACGACGUCGAGGUCAACGCCCAGCUCUUGAUCAACCUGCUGCCGCGCAUUGACUGGACUGCGCUGUCGACGACUGCUAGCGAGCUCGGCUUCCCAGCCCUACCCCCGCAGCCGCCGUCGGCAGAGGACCUGCAGGCGGACGCGAAGACGCUGCAGGACCUGCACCACCUGCUGGUGCAGACGCAGAUCAUGGAGGGCAAGCUCGUGUGCGCCAGCUGCGGCCACGAGUACGCCGUGCGCGAGGGGAUUGCGAAUUUCCUGCUGCCUAGUCAUUUGGUGUGAAUGGAUUUCGAGGGAAGGGG